CGCAGUCCAUUUAAAUCUUUUGCUUUAAAUUGUUUUAAAUAUUUAUCUAAAACCAACAAAAAAAAAAAUAUUCUUCGUUUUGUUACAAAAUGCCACAAAUUGAGGAAAUGAUUGAUAUUAAUUUGGAUUCACCUCGAACACCCGACGAGCAUCAGCAACAUCCAGCUGACUUUAAGAAAUGCAUUACAUUAAAGAAAAAUAUCGAUAGUGUUCAGAAUGAAGGAGAGGACACCACCGAUUUUGUAACUUCUCCGCAAAAGUUGCGUUCAUGGUCAACCCUAUCCGACAAAGAUGAUGGAAAACCACAUUUACGUUAUUUUUCUGUGGGUCCAAGUACGUAUCAAUUGCGUUGUCCGCUGUGUAAACAGAGAGCCGAUGCUGAAACGGUACAGAUGAGUGGAGCUUUGGGUCAAUUGAGUUGUAUGUUGUCAUCGUUGUCGUGUUGUUUUCCGAUAUUUGCACUCUCCCUGGUAUAUAUGUGCCUGCAGAGUCGCCUAAAGAGCAAGAGAAUGUUUUGCAAUAAAUGUGGAGGUCAUUUGGGAUUCUAUUGGAGACCCACAUAAAUGAAAUUUUAAAACCAAAAAUUGUUUGUUUUGUGUAUUUAUAAAAUAGAAAAUAAUAAUGUAAAUAAAUUUUGUAAAAUAAAAUAAAA